AUGCCUCAGUGGGGCCUGCUGGCUUCGGGAAGUGUUGGGGGUUUCUCUCUGCCGUCGCAGCAGCGUCUCGCGUUCACGCAGUACUUCCUGCACCAGAUACGAAAUAGCAGAGACGCCUACUACCCAGAGGGGUGUGGGGGUGGAAAACUGCUUUCCUUUUUAGGUGAUGGAGCCUUUCGGAGCUCAACGGGCUCCGAAGUGGAGAGUGCAGCGGCCCUUGUGGCUGCGGGAGCAGAGGGCCUUGCGGGUACCCUGGAUCCCUCUGUGCCGAUUUCCACUAUGCUCGACGCUCUGGCUCUAGCCCAACCUCCCGAGGAAAAUGCAACAGCUGUUGUUGCUGCUGGCUGUGGAGGUGCUUCUACUGCACUCAAAGGAUGUCCCAGCUGGGGGUCAUUGGCUAAAGCAGCUGCAUGCGGGGGCCCCAGACCACCUAACGAUGCACUUGAACUCUAUCUGUGUGAGCUUUUGCUGCCGUUACUUGAUGAUGCCAUCGCUGCUCUCUGCUCCUUUAUGGGGAAGCUGCAGGCUGACGAACAACAGUAUGUGCAGCAUCAGAAGCUGCCGCAGAUGCAGAAACAGCCAAGCCGCCAAUCAGACGCCCAUCAGCAGCCAGAGACCUCUGACCCUUACCUCCUGCUGGACCAGGGUAUAAGGAGUCGAUUCGACCCCUUGGUGUGGCUGGGACAGUUUCUUUUAAGACAAGGGAAGGCUGCUGAAGCAUAUACUUAUGCUGCAGAACAACACGCUGUUGGCGCUAGGGCUGCGACCACACCAGCUGCAGCAGCAGUGAGCAGGGGACUGUUACGGGGCGAGCACCUGCAGUUGGGAAGCCUACCAACUUACUCUUUACUUAGGAAGGCAGUGAAAGAAGAAAGAGCAUGGAGGGCCUUCGAGGCCCUUAAACCUCAAGUAGAGCUCCUGGUGCAAAGAGCACGGCACCAGUUUCUUCAGCAACAUCACCAAUCUCAGCAGCAGGAAACUGACUUCAGCUCCACAGAGCAAGAGCAGGAACAACAGAAACAGCAUCUACUUAUGCAACAGGCUGUUCCGCUAACUGCAGAGGUGCUACCCUCAGUGCUUCAAGCCGUCGACGCCGCCUGGGAACUACCAAAGAACCAAGGAUUUUAUGCUGCAGUCCUUGCCGAGGCUGAGAGUGGGAAGCCCUGCAGCAUGCUUAACUCCUGUAGGAGCAGCAAAAACGAAAUGGGGCUAUUUCCGUCGCAACUUUACGGCAACAGCAGCAACUUCAUUAUGGGUGCGUGCAGUGGGGUGUAUCUAGAAGCUGCUGACCCAAGUGAUAUACAAUUUUCGGAGUUCUGGCGAUUCCUUGGGUCUUGCCUUGAUGCGUGCCCCCCUCUAAAGUAUCACAUCUUUAGUUUUGCCCUCAGGGCUGUAGCCUCGUCUCCCUUUCCCGUAGAAACAGACCAGCUACAGCAGCAAAAUUAA